GCCCUAAUAUAUAACUCCAUAUGCUCUCUCCUAUCUCAAUCUUGGUCUGCCUUGCCUCAUCACACUAAUUCUCUGUAUAAAUCCAAUGAGAAAGCCUUGCUGUGAGAAACAAGACACCAACAAAGGUGCUUGGUCUAACCAAGAAGACCAGAAGCUUAUUGAUUACAUUCGUAAACAUGGCGAAGGUUGCUGGCGAACCCUACCUCAAGCUGCAGGCUUGCUUCGCUGUGGAAAAAGUUGUAGGUUGAGAUGGAUAAACUAUCUUAGGCCGGACCUUAAAAGAGGCAAUUUUGCUGAAGAUGAAGAAGAUCUUAUCAUCAAGCUUCAUGCACUCUUAGGAAACCGAUGGUCGCUAAUAGCAGGGAGAUUGCCUGGAAGAACAGACAAUGAAGUAAAGAAUUACUGGAAUUCUCAUUUAAGAAGAAAGCUUAUAAAUAUGGGAAUUGAUCCAAACAAUCAUCGGUUGAAUCAGAAUCUUCCUCGUACCCAGAAGACACAGGACUCUGCUAGUGCAACAUCAUCUGGAACAAAAAGUGAGAGUACAAAACAAGAACUGGCGGCGGAACCCGGCCGCAACAAUAAUAAUAAUGAGCAAGCAUCUGAUGAAGGAAGUAUUUUGGAAGAUGAUCCAAAUGGCUUACUGCCUGACCUAAAUCUUGAUCUUACAAUUAACAUUCCUUCUUCUUCAGCUGUUAAUUUUAAAGAGAAGCAAAAGAGUAAUCAAUCUAAUUUAUCAAAGGAACCAGAAGUUGCUGCUGCUUCUCCUACACUUCUCCUCUUUCAAUGAUUAAUUAAUUACUUGGAGCAAGCUCUUCUACAAGAAUCUGCAAUGCUAUGAAAGCUUAUAGGAGAGGCCUAACAAGAUUAUUGGGUUAGGUUUCAUGUUGUAAAUAUUUUAUUGAUUAAGGGAAGUUCAAGAUCCUAAGUAGGGCAAAUCCAUUUUGGGAAAGAAUUGAAACAAGCAAAGAUGAUCAAAAGAGACUUACUCCCUCAAACCGCACGAUGUCGCCUAGCUAGUGAUGGGAUUUAAGUCACUCUCGCUUAAGAUUUUUUUUUAUUACUGUUAUUAAUUUCAAUUGAAGAAGAAGGAGAAGAAGAAGAAAGAGGCGACUGUUUGGCUAAUGUUUCACUGAAGUUCUCAAGGCAUAGCUUGAUCACGUACAAUAGGCACGAAUUCCGGUGUUCGUCAAAUGGCAGAAACCGUGUAUUUCCUUUCUUGUAUAUCAUCCAUUAGUCGCCAUUUAUAGAAUUGGGAUAUCCUUAGCAUACAAGUAUGAUGUAUUAUUAAGAGAUGGUAUAGUUGUGAAAAACUUUUAUUUCUCUUCUAUGUGAAUUUGCUUCUACUCAUCAAAAAUACUCUCUUUAAGAA